GCGGCGCUCGGCGCACCGGCCGCGGCUGAGGCGGGCUGAGGCGGCGCGGGCCGGACGCGGGCCGAGCCCCGGCGGAGGACGCGCGGCGGCUGCGGCGGCGGUGGUGAGGAGGCGGCCUGUGGUGUUGCGGCCCGGGCUGGCCGUAGGGAGGAGCGGCCGCGACCAUGUCGGCGGGCGGCCGCGACGAAGAACGGCGGAAGCUGGCCGACAUCAUUCACCACUGGAACGCCAACCGGCUGGACCUGUUCGAGAUCAGCCAGCCGACCGAGGAUUUGGAGUUUCAUGGAGUCAUGAGAUUUUAUUUUCAAGAUAAAGCUGCUGGAAACUUUGCAACAAAAUGUAUUCGGGUCUCUAGCACAGCAACCACUCAAGACGUGAUUGAAACACUGGCGGAGAAGUUCCGCCCUGAUAUGCGCAUGCUCUCCUCUCCCAAGUACUCCCUCUAUGAAGUGCACGUCAGUGGAGAAGAAAGAAGAUUGGACAUUGAUGAGAAACCUCUCGUUGUACAGUUGAAUUGGAACAAAGAUGAUCGGGAGGGUAGAUUCGUCCUUAAGAACGAGAAUGACGCCAUUCCUGCCAAGAAGGCUCAGAGUAAUGGACCUGAAAAGCAGGAGAAAGAAGGCGUUAUUCAGAACUUCAAAAGAACUCUCUCAAAGAAAGAAAAGAAAGAAAAAAAGAAGAAAGAGAAGGAGGCGCUAAGACAAGCCUCUGAUAAAGAAGAAAGGCCUUCUCAAGGGGAUGACAGUGAGAAUUCUCGACUGGCUGCUGAAGUUUACAAAGACAUGCCUGAAACCAGUUUUACUCGGACGAUUUCUAAUCCUGAAGUUGUUAUGAAACGACGGCGGCAGCAGAAAUUGGAGAAGAGAAUGCAAGAGUUUCGGAGCUCAGAUGGGCGGCCCGACUCGGGUGGGACACUGAGAAUCUAUGCAGACAGUUUAAAACCAAAUAUCCCAUACAAGACAAUCCUGCUGUCUACUACAGAUCCUGCAGACUUCGCUGUAGCAGAGUCUUUGGAGAAGUACGGUCUGGAAAAAGAGAAUCCCAAGGACUACUGCAUUGCCCGGGUUAUGCUUCCUCCUGGAUCCCAGCAUUCUGAUGAGAGAGGUGCUAAGGAAAUAAUUCUUGAUGACGAUGAAUGUCCUUUACAAAUCUUCAGGGAAUGGCCAAGUGACAAAGGGAUUUUAGUCUUUCAGUUGAAGAGGAGACCACCGGACUACAUCCCAAAGAAAAUGAAGAAACACAUUGAAGGGAAGCCGUUGAAGGGGAAAGAUAGAGCUGACGGGUCUGGCUACGGCUCUGCUCUUCCUCCUGAGAAGCUGCCCUACUUAGUAGAGCUAAGCCCAGAUGGCUCUGACUCCAGAGACAAGCCAAAGUUAUACCGCCUUCAAUUAAGUGUGACUGAAGUUGGGACAGAGAAGUUUGAUGACAAUUCUAUCCAGCUGUUUGGGCCCGGAAUUCAGCCCCACCACUGUGAUCUCACCAACAUGGAUGGAGUGGUCACUGUGACACCCAGAAGUAUGGAUGCGGAGACCUACGUGGAUGGUCAGCGCAUUUCAGAGACCACGAUGCUGCAGAGUGGCAUGAGACUGCAGUUCGGCACCUCGCAUGUGUUUAAGUUUGUGGACCCCAUCCAGGACCACGUUCUUUCCAAGAGACCCAUGGAUGGAGGCCUGAUGGUCAAGGGCCCAAGACAUAAACCUGGAGCUGUCCAAGAGACAACCUUUGAUUUGGGAGGAGAUAUCCACAGUGGGACAGCAUUGCCAGCAAGCAGGAGCACUGCUAGGCUGGACAGUGACAGGGUGCCCUCUGCCUCCAGCACAGCUGAGCGGGGGAUGGUGAAGCCGAUGAUCCGACUGGACCAGGAGCAGGGUUAUCGACGAGGAGAAGACAGGACUCAGGAUGCUGCUGGGCCUGAACUGAUAUUGCCUGCCAGCAUUGAAUUCAGGGAAAGCUCUGAAGAUUCUUUUUUAUCGGCCAUUAUAAAUUAUACCAAUAGCUCUACAGUUCAUUUUAAGUUGUCCCCAACAUAUGUGUUAUACAUGGCAUGCCGGUAUGUAUUGUCCAGCCAGCACAGGCCCGACAUCAGUCCUGCGGAGCGUACACAUAAGGCCAUUGCUGUUGUUAACAAGAUGGUGAGCAUGAUGGAAGGGGUCAUCCAGGAAGUAGACCAGGUUGAUCAGAAGCAGAAGAACAUUGCAGGAGCGCUUGCCUUCUGGAUGGCAAAUGCAUCUGAGCUUCUCAACUUCAUCAAGCAGGACCGAGACCUUAGUCGGAUCACGCUGGACGCCCAGGAUGUUCUAGCACACUUGGUUCAGAUGGCAUUUAAGUACUUGGUUCAUUGCCUUCAGUCAGAGCUUAAUAACUACAUGCCAGCCUUUCUGGAUGAUCCUGAGGAGAACAGUCUGCAAAGACCAAAAAUAGAUGACGUGCUACAUACACUCACAGGAGCCAUGUCCUUGUUGCGGCGCUGCAGAGUCAAUGCUGCCUUGACCAUCCAGCUGUUCUCUCAGCUUUUCCACUUCAUCAAUAUGUGGCUGUUCAACAGACUGGUGACUGACCCAGAUUCAGGCCUGUGUUCCCACUACUGGGGCGCAAUUAUCCGCCAGCAGCUGGGGCAUAUUGAAGCUUGGGCGGAGAAGCAGGGACUAGAGCUGGCAGCUGACUGUCACUUGAGCAGGAUCGUGCAGGCGACUACAUUGCUUACGAUGGAUAAGUAUGUACCUGAGGACAUCCCAAACAUAAACAGCACAUGCUUUAAGUUAAAUUCCCUGCAGCUUCAAGCCUUGUUACAGAACUACCACUGUGCACCUGAUGAGCCUUUUAUUCCUACGGAUCUCAUAGAAAAUGUCGUGGCUGUUGCUGAGAACACAGCUGAUGAACUUGCCCGAAGUGAUGGCAGAGACGUGCAGUUGGAGGAGGACCCUGACUUACAACUGCCUUUUCUUUUGCCAGAAGAUGGCUAUUCCUGUGAUGUUGUCAGAAACAUUCCAAACGGUUUACAAGAAUUUUUAGACCCUCUGUGCCAGAGAGGAUUUUGUAGGUUGGUUCCUCACACACGUUCACCAGGUACCUGGACAAUAUAUUUUGAAGGAGCAGAUUAUGAAAGUCACCUUAUGCGUGAGAACACAGAACUGGCCCAGCCUCUGAGGAAGGAGCCUGAGAUAAUUACUGUGACGCUGAAGAAACAGAAUGGAAUGGGCCUCAGCAUCGUCGCAGCAAAGGGUGCUGGCCAGGAUAAACUGGGAAUCUACGUUAAGUCGGUUGUCAAAGGAGGUGCUGCGGAUGUGGAUGGACGACUAGCUGCUGGUGACCAACUCCUCAGUGUGGAUGGACGAAGUCUGGUUGGACUUUCUCAGGAAAGGGCAGCAGAACUCAUGACAAGAACCAGUUCCGUGGUUACACUGGAAGUUGCAAAGCAGGGCGCCAUCUACCACGGCCUGGCCACCCUCCUUAACCAGCCAUCCCCCAUGAUGCAAAGAAUUUCAGAUCGUCGUGGCUCAGGUAAACCCAGACCAAAGAGUGAAGGUUUUGAGCUCUAUAAUAAUUCAGCUCAAAACGGCUCUCCAGAGAGUCCUCAGAUGCCUUGGACAGAGUACAGUGAGCCAAAGAAGCUGCCUGGUGACGACAGGCUGAUGAAAAACAGAGCAGACCACCGUUCCAGCCCCAAUGUGGCAAAUCAGCCUCCUAGCCCUGGAGGGAAGGGGCCAUACACAUCUGGAACAGCAGCUAAGAUAACAUCUGUCUCCACUGGAAACCUCUGCACUGAGGAGCAGACCCCUCCACCUAGACCUGAAGCCUACCCUAUCCCUACUCAGACAUACACCAGAGAGUAUUUUACCUUUCCAGCUUCAAAGUCACAGGAUCGGAUGGCUCCUCCUCAGAACCAGUGGCCAAAUUAUGAGGAAAAGCCACAUAUGCACACAGAAAGUAAUCAUUCCAGUAUUGCAAUCCAGCGUGCUACCCGUUCCCAGGAAGAGCUUAGGGAAGAGGUUUACCAACUCGAGCGGCAUCGAGUAGAGACUGGCAUGGAUCGCAAGUGUGACAGUGAUAUGUGGAUGAAUCAGAGCUCCUCAGUGGAAUCCAGUACAUCCAGCCAGGAGCACCUGAACCAUUCCUCCAAGUCAGUUACCCCUGCUUCCACUCUGACCAAGAGUGGUCCUGGCCGUUGGAAAACCCCAGCAGCAGCGCUGCCCACCCCUGUAGCUGUCUCUCAGCCCAUUCGAACAGACCUCCCUCCACCACCCCCUCCACCGCCCGCCCACUACCCCAGUGAUUUUGAUGGUAUUCCAAUGGAUUUGCCCCUCCCACCUCCUCCUGCCAACCAGACGGGACCCCAGGCUGCUCAGGUGGCUGCUGCAGAGCGGAAAAAGAGAGAGGAGCAUCAGAGGUGGUAUGAGAAAGAGAAGGCCCGCCUGGAGGAGGAGCGAGAGCGGAAGCGCAGGGAGCAGGAGCGGAAGUUGGGGCAGAUGCGCACUCAGUCCCUGAACCCUGCUUCUUUCUCUCCUCUGGCCACGCAGGCCAAGCCAGAAAAGCCUUCCACACUGCAGAGGCCCCAAGAGACCGUCAUUCGGGAGCUGCAGCCCCAGCAGCAGCCCCGCACGAUCGAGCGCAGGGACCUGCAGUAUAUAACCAUCAGUAAAGAGGAGCUGUCCUCUGGGGACAGUCUGUCUCCAGACCCCUGGAAACGCGAUGCCAGGGAGAAGCUGGAGAAGCAACAGCAAAUGCACAUUGUGGACAUGCUAAGCAAGGAGAUCCACGAGCUGCAAAACAAGGUGGACCGUACCGCAGAGGAGAGUGACCGCCUGCGGAAGCUUAUGCUGGAGUGGCAGUUCCAGAAGAGACUGCAGGAGUCCAAGCAGAAGGAUGAGGAUGAUGACGAAGAGGAAGAUGACGAUGUGGACACCAUGCUGAUCAUGCAGCGCCUGGAGGCCGAGCGGAGAGCCAGGAUGCAGGAUGAGGAACGCAGGCGGCAGCAGCAGUUGGAAGAGAUGCGCAAACGAGAAGCAGAAGAUCGAGUGAGACAAGAGGAAGAUGGACGUCAUCAGGAGGAGGAGCGAGUAAAGAGAGAUGCGGAAGAAAAGCGGCGACAGGAAGAAGGGUAUUACAGCCGCCUAGAAGCCGAGAGGCGAAGACAGCACGAAGAGGCAGCAAGAAGGUUGCUGGAGCCCGAAGAGCCUGGGCUGAGCCGACCUCCACUUCCACGGGACUACGAGCCCCCAUCCUUGUCCUCAGCACCCAGUGCCCCUCCUCCCCCACCUCAGCGAAAUGCCUCCUACCUCAAAACACAGGUCCUCUCCCCAGACUCGCUGUUCACUGCCAAGUUUGUUGCGUAUGAUGAUGAGGAGGAGGACUACGGCCCAGCAGGACCAAACCCUUCCCCGGGAUCUGCGGGCACGGCUGCUGGAGCCUAUGACCCUCCUCGGGAAGCAAGAGAGAAGCACAUGAGAAGCCAAGAUGCAGACUUACCUGGCGGUUCCGGAGCUCCUGAAAACCUAACAUUUAAAGAGCGUCAGCGCCUCUUUUCACAAGGGCAAGAUGUGUCUGACAAAGUAAAAGCGUCUCGUAAAUUAACAGAGCUUGAGAAUGAACUGAACACAAAGUGAGAAGAGAGAACACAUUUGUACUCAAGCAGGUCUGCCCUUGGCAGGGGCUUUGUGGGAUGAGCCUGAAGAGGAAGGAAUACUUCUACUUCUGAGUGAUGUUUAUUUUCUGUUUCUGAAAUGGUUGCAAUUUAGACAUGUUUCAAUUCCCAGAAACUUGUUUUACUUUACCAAGAAAAAUCCUGCCUAAUUCUUAGUGAUCUGACUCACACCUGUUUCUGUUAGCUUUUGGGGGGAGUCUUGGACUCAUAGGGCAGAAUGAAGGGCUAUAAAGAUGACGGGGUGUUUCUUCUACCCUAUCUCCUUUCUUUGUCAUUCCAAGGGCAGUAGGCCAAGAAAUUGUCUUUCCGUUUUUUCUCUAAACUCCAUUUGGCUACCAGACAGUGACAGCUGAGCAGUUCAGAGCACUACUGGGUCACAGUCAACCCUGUCUGCAGAAGACAGACCUCUCAGCCCAGGGCAAAUGCUGCCUUUACCUUCUGUAAUUUAUAUGAGGCAGCUAGAUGUUUCUUAUGUAAGGUGCACAAUACAUCAUUCUUGACAAAUGUGAGCCUCCUGACCAAUUUAAAUGUUUGAGAUUGAAUAUUUAAUUAAUAAUUCAAUUUUGAAAAUUCUCAAGAAAAUUUUGAGGAUUUAAGCUUAGGGAUUUUUAAAAUACCAAGUCAUCAUUAGAUUAAUCACUGGUGGAAAUUAAAGAUGAAAGUUCAUGUUAGAAAGUUAUCUAAUAUUUCAGAGGUUCCAAAGGAUCUAGAGCUCUCUAAUUAUACGGCACUCAUGUCGGUAGGAGCAAAGACAUCUGAGAAGAAUGGACGCUCAUGGGUGGCAGUCAAACAUAGGUGUCUCAGAAAUUGUAACUGUAGUAAAGGGGUUUAGAUGCGCUGUCAGGAGAGGAAGAAGUGUGCUGCUGUGCCUCCUGUGACUGAAGAACACUUGGAGCAGCUGAGUCUGCGUCUCUUUCUCAGCAUAGGAGAGUUAUUUAAUUUUAAUUCCUGAAUUUUGCACUGUCAUUCCUCAGCUGAGUUGUGGGAGACAGACCUUAGUUUGCUUAUUUUGUGUGAAAGCUGACUUUAUGAUUUCAAGCACACUUUGGACUUGAGAACCCCCUACUGUGGGUCCAGAUGAUCUUUCUCUAUCAUACUAUUCUCUUACAAAUCCGUGCAUCAGGAAAAUAUGCACACUUUCAAAUAGAACAGAGGUAUUUGCAACCUGAAAAACCACUUUUAAUAAGAGCUGUAUGAUAAAUUGUUGAAAUACAAGUGUAAAUAUUUUUUAUGUUUAUCCAGUUUCCUAUUUGAAAGUGUGUCUUUGCUGUUUUCUCUGUAAGAGAAUAGAAUGGCCCUGAGAGUUUAUGAAGGAUUUGCACACUUGCCUUGCCUAGGAAGUGCAAUCUCCUUGUGUCUGGAGCACACUGGCAGCCUUCGGGUGUCAUAAUCAUACCUCCCAAAGAAGGGCAGGUACCUGCUGUCGCUAGUACAUGGGAAGACAGAUGCACAGAAGAGCCAGCAAGCAUCUGAAAACUCUGCAUGUGUGUUUGUGAGACCCGUAGUGAAGUAGACUUGGCCGUCCCUGGAUGGUCAGAUGUGAAUAUGUGUUGUAAGAGCACACUGCAUAGCGUGCAUUACUGCGUGGAAACACCCCAACUGCUGUUGUUUUCCAUUUCUACUGUAUUUCAGUUGCAGCCUAUUUUUAAUAAACUUUGUAUCUAUUUAAGUGUACUUGCUAUUGUUUUCAAAGUGCUGACAAAGUUUAUAUUUGUAAUGCCAGCAUUCCUCGUCCCCAUUUCCAUCUGUCACUCCUUCAUUAAACGGCCGAGUCAUUCC